AUGAAUAAUUAUAUAUAUUAUCGCAUAUUUGGUUACACAGCUACGAUAGUAAUGCACGUAACAAACAUAUAUUUUAUGAUAAAAGGACUAAAAAAGGAACAUUUUGACGACCCAAAUUUGAAAAUCUUCACCAAUCUGCAGUCACGAUAUUUUACUUGUUGGACGUUUGUUAUUCAAAUUUUCUAUGCAAUAAUUGGGCUCACAUGUGACAUAUUAACGCUCUUGAAUUCUGGCAAAAAAGAUUAUAAAUUACCUAAACAUUUAAGAGGCUGCAGGGAUACAUUAUUCGCUGGAGUGCUUUGGCCAUCAACGUUGUUGGUGUUUACAGUAUUUUGGUGCCUAUUUCUCUAUGAUAGAGAUUUAAUUUUUCCAAAAUUUAUCGAUAAAGUGCUGAACAAGACAGCAAACCAUGUUAUACAUACAGCUAUAGUUCCAGUUGUUUUAUGGGAAGUUGUGUUUCGGCCGAGGGCCGAGCCGAAGUCACAUUUGAGGAAUAUCUUGCAUGUGUUGUUUCACAUUUCCUUAUACUUUCUAGUGUUAGCAUACACAUACAUAGAGCGAGGCAUUUGGAUCUAUCCUAUUCUUACGAAAACGUUUGGUAAUAUUUAUUUCCCUAUAAUUUUAGCCAUUUUAUUAUUGUUAAAAAUAUUUCUUUACUUCUUGCAAUGGCAGUUAAAUUAUCUUGUACAUGGAAGAAAAGUUGUUAAUAAGAAAACACUUUGA